GGUGGCGCUGGUGGUGCUAGUGGUUCUAGUAGUCAUAUGAUUACCACUAGUGGAACCGGUGGUUAUGGAGGUGGAGCCGGUGGUUAUACAGGUGGCGGCAGCAGCAGGUCAAGCACCACUGUGACAAAAACAACAGUUACAACCACCACUGGAGGUCGUGUCACUGGUGGUGGGUCAUACGGAGGUGUAACCGGUGGUGGAGAAUAUAGAGCUGGAGGUGGCAUGAGCAGUUCUUCAGAAUACAAAGUUGGAGGUGGACUAAGUACGUCAUACAGUAGUGGAGGCGGAAUUGGAGAAGGUGAAGGUGGGUAUACAGUGAAAACAACAAAAGUAACGUAUGGUAGCAGUGGACCUAUUGGAGAUUGUCUUUGA